GCAGAAAACCACAGAUGAUGAUUAGGGAUUGAGACCAUCCCAAGGUGAAAACCGGAUAAUUGAGGCUUUAAGCAGUCAGAAACAGACUGUUAUUCCCUCUACGCUGCCUUCUCCACCAGCACAAUCCAGAUCCAUCCAUUUCCUGUCUUGGAAACGUAAGAAAAAACAGGAUUUUGUUACAGUACCGAAUUUUAAACGGUCCCUCUGAAAAGCAAGGCGAAAGUUAUGAAAGGACCAAGGCCAGUUGUACUGAGCGGCCCAUCGGGCGCGGGAAAAAGCACUUUAUUGAAGAAACUUCUAAGAGAUUAUGACAACGUCUUCGGCUUCAGCGUCUCCCACACUACAAGACAGCCACGACCUGGGGAAGUCAACGGAAAAGAUUACCACUUUGUGACCAGGGGAGAGAUGCAGAAGGAGGUUGAUGCGGGAGAAUUUGUGGAACAUGCAGAAUUUUCGGGCAACAUGUACGGAACAAGCAAAGCCGCCAUACAGGCUGUCCAAGCUCAGAAUCAGAUCUGCAUCCUUGAUAUUGACCUUCAAGGUGUGAGGAACAUCAAGAAGACGGACCUGAAUCCCAUCUACAUCUCCGUUCAAGUCCCUUCCAUAGAGAUCCUGGAGAAACGCUUAAGGGAGAGACAGACCGAGACGGAGGAAAGUUUACAGAAGCGGCUGCAAGCGGCUGCCACUGACAUGGAACUCAGUAAGGAGGCGGGCCUUUUCGACAUGAUUAUCAUCAAUGAUGAUUUGGAGGAAGCUUAUAUGAAACUGAAAAACAUUCUGGCCGAGGAGAUCGAGAAAGUACAAGAAUCUAAAAAAACAUGAAAUUUCCCGACGGUGGAGACCUACCUGAGCUUUGCAGUCAUUCCUCCAUGUGAUUCACUGUGCUUAUUGUGCUGCGUUUGAGAAAAACACCCGUAAAUCCAUCCACGUACUUGUACAUUCCUUUUGAGCUGGGCUUCUUCCGUGAAAUCCUUCUUUGACACUUUCUAUUAAAGGAGAAAAGAUCCCCUCCGA